CACAGCAUGAUGGCAAGUCAUGCCCACGUCCGCAACGCAUCGGCGCACAAUCGCUCGAACUACAGACCCCUCAACACAACGUUGUCGUCGGCUACAACGAGCGCCACGCAGCAACGAAGAGAUCGCCGCGAGAAUCUCGGCGGCAACGUCGACAUUGUGUCGCUGAACGACGACAGAAUGAACACCUCUGCCCCGACGUCAUGGGAGGCUGUGAUUGCUGACCCGCCACAGCCCGCCGCCGUCGCUACUGCUGCAACCGUUCAACGGCCCCUCGCCACGAGCUUCCAGUCGCUGUUUGACCGGCCUAACGCUGUCAUCUCGACACGAUAUCCACAUGCAGCACGGGGAAUCGUGCUGUCGCUGCACCACGCGAUGGUUCCCAUCGGGGCGUCGCUAAUCCGGGAGCUGCGGGCGCUGGGAAACGUCGACCCCGUUCAAGUCAUGCACUGCUUCGACUCGGAACUGCCAGAGUCGGACAGGGCAUUGUUGUUGGCGAUUCCAGACGCCAACAUCGAGAUCAUCGACGCGUGCGCCGCGCUCGUGUCGGCGGAGCUCCUCACCCCGGACGCUGCCAAGGACUUUCAGAACUUUUGGCUCAAACCCCUCGCCGUCCUCGUGUCGUCGUUUGACCAAGUGAUGCUCAUGGAUGUGGACAACAUCUUUGUCGCCAACCCGGCAACGCUCUGGACAACGCCGCUCUUCAUCGACACCGGCACCUUGUUCUUUCACGAUCGCGUGCUCAGCUACAACUUUUGGCUAAACGAGGUGCAGGGAGAUGGCCGACCGUACCUCCGCACGUUCCUCGACUCGUUCCCGUACGCCUCGUUUGGUCUGACCCGUCCAACUAGUCCUUCCAAGCGCCUCCAGGACUCGAUGAUCUUCGCCCGACACACUGCACACGAGCAGGACUCGUCGGUUGUGCUAUUGCACAAAUCGAGAGCUGGCGUAGCCACACUCAAAGUGCUGUGGCACUUGGCAACGUACGAGCGCCACCACGGCCAUCCGUUUUCGUGGGGGGACAAGGAGUCGUUCUGGCUGUCGUUUGAGCUCGCGCAGGUGCCGUAUGCAUUUACGCCAUGGGCUGCCAGCGUCGUUUCUAAGCCCGACGACGUGACGGCCCACCCUGACACGCUGUGUGGGAGCUUGGCACAGUACGACCCGACGCCGAACGAUUCCCCGUCGAUCUUGUUUGUCAACGGAGGGGAUGUAAUCGACAUCGUCGAUACCGGUGGGGGCACGGAAGCAGUCGCCACGAGAACCGACUGGGAAGCGAGGGGCGCGAGGCUGCUGGCAAGAAUCCCGCAGUACGUCACGCCUCGCCACACGAGGCAUCCAACGCCGGCGUUUGGGCUGCGUGGGGCGUACGACCAGACGUGUUUGAUUGGCGACGGGUCGGCACGCCUCGAUGAAGCCUUUCACGACGUUGUCACACGACGGAUUCAGUGGACGGUCGACGUUGCGGCGCAGAUGGCAUGGGGACCGGCCACCGCAUGAACACGAGGACAGGAACUCUAGUGGUCGAGCUGUUUCGUUCAUGCGAUGUUUUUCCUUUGGCCACUGCCG